UUUUCACUUUUCAUGCUAUAUCAUUACUGUCUUGCAAAAAACGCUGAUUCACAAUGAUUCAGUCAUGUCAUUGGACACUUUAUAAUGUAAGGCCUUCACGGAUGAUGUGCUGUUGAGUAGAGGAGAGAAGUGGACGCAGGUGUACCGAGUUGCUGAAGACUGGAAGAAAAAAGAGAGGAUUCCAUGAUGGAAAAUCUAUUCAUCAUAGCUUUUAUUGUAAUCGGUCUCUCAACGGAUGUUCACGCUAUAGAUAAUGCUGAUGGACAAACUACUGACAAGAAAAUCCAUCCAAGGUUGGCAGAGUUGGCCAGAAUAGCAGUCGAAUUAAAAUUAGAUUUAGAGAGAGUCACAGAGAAAAUUGAAAGUAAAUUACCCGGGAAAACAGUAAAAGAGUGGAUUGGUGUGGCAAAUUCUAUGCUAAUGUACAUGCUGUCAAAAUCGUUACAAUUUGCAAGUACAUCACCCAAAGGCUCACCUCAAGCAACCGCAAUUUGGAAAUUUCGGAAAGAUAUUUUAAAACAAUUUCAGCUGGACCUCAAAAAUAUGAAAAAAGAAAAAUCAAAAGCAGGCAUGAUGAAGUUUUUGUCCAGUUAUAAACGUUUAUGCAAUGAACUCAAGGAAUGGAUUGAUGAUAAUAAUGUAUCACCGUCGAAAACAGCCACGGAACAUCCAUGUCUCACACAGGUGCCAUGUCCGACACAAGAGCCAUGUCCGACACAAGUACCAUGUCCAACACAAGAGCCAUGUCCAACACGGGAGCCAUGCCCGACAUGUCCGACACAAGAACUAUGCCCGACAUGUCCGACACAAGAACUAUGCCCAACACGAGAGCCCUGUCCAACACAAGAACCAUGCCCAACAUGUCCAACACAAGAACCAUGCCCAACAUGUCCAACACAAGAACCAUGCCCAACAUGUCCAACACAAGAACCAUGCCCAACAUGUCCAACACAAGAGCCAUGUCCGACCACGCCCUUCAACAGUUCUGGACUAACAACGUUUGGGCAAACAUCUGAAGUAUCGACUUUUCAUAUAUAUCCAACAUCCGAGAAUUCUACUCAAACUACCCCAAGCUGUAGUAGUUCAACUGCGAUGGUUCUGAGUAUUGGUAAUGCAGUUGAUUUGAAAUCUGGACUAGGAUCACAUGGUUGGUGGUUUGUAGACCCCAUGGAUUCAACAGCAUGGGUUAUGAAAGGCUAUACGGCCAACACUCUCGAAAGGUAUACUAACGAGAUGUCACUUUCGGGGACUCCUAUAGAGACUAUAACUCUUGAAUUUAUACCUGGAAAAUGUGAGCUACUUGUGUGGGACAAAGGAGUUCUUCAGAAAAUGCGAAUAACCUUUGAUGACAAUGAGGUGACAACUAAACCAACACCAAGGACCACACGUGAUAUACCAACACUGUCUUGUGGUACUUCAAAUACGAUGGUUUUGAGUAUUGGUAAUGCAGUUGAUUUGAAAUCUGGACUAGGAUCACAUGGUUGGUGGUUUGUGGACCCCAUAGAUUCAACAGCAUGGGUUAUGAAAGGCUAUAUGGCCAACACUCUCGAAAGGUAUACUAACGAGAUGUCACUUUCGGGGAGUCCUAUAGAGACUAUAACUUUUGAAUUUAUACCUGGAAAAUGUGAGCUACUUGUGUGGGACAAAGGAGUUCUUCAGAAAAUGCGAAUAACCUUUAAUGACAUUGAGGUGACAACUAAACCAACACCAAGGACCACACGUGAUAUACCAACACUGUCUUGUGGUACUUCAAAUACGAUGGUUCUGAGUAUUGGUAAUGCAGUUGAUUUGAAAUCUGGACUAGGAUCACAUGGUUGGUGGUUUGUGGAUCCCAUAGAUUCAACAGCGUGGGUUAUGAAGGGCUUCACAGCCAACACUCUCGAGAGGUAUGCUAACGAGAUGUCACUUUCGGGGAGUCCUAUAGAGACUAUAACUCUUGGACAAUCGUGUGACGGAACUGGACAUGCCAUAUACGCAGGCUAUUUCUAUUGCAACUUGGCAAACUCAAAUAGAGUGGUGAAAAUACAAAUUAGUACCAAGGAAAACGUUGGUGAAGGCGCUUUGACAGACGCUGGUUUCCAUAAUACAUAUCAUUAUCAAUGGGGAGGAUACUCGGACAUUGAUCUUGCUCUGGACACUGGAAAUCAACUUUACGCCAUAUAUGGUUCAAAACAAAAUGGUGGAAACUAUGCAAUUGCACAUUUGGACAUCGAUACAUUGGUCAUUGUUAGAAAAUGGCAGCUCAAUGUAAAGAAAAUAGGAAGUGGAAAUUCAUUCAUGGCUAACGGAAUGCUAUAUAUUCUCAACUCGUACAGCAGUCCCACUUAUUUUACCCACCGUUUUGACACGAAAACGAGUAGACUAACCUCACUUUCCCCCAGUGAACUCCGAUAUCCAGGUCCUAAAAAGGGUUACAUUAACGCUUUAGAAUUUAUACCUGGAAAAUGUGAGCUACUUGUGUGGGACAAUGGAGUUCUUCAGAAAUUGCCAAUAACCUUUGAUGACAUUGAGGUGACAACUAAACCAACACCAAGGACCACGAGUGAUUUACCAACACUGUCUUGUGGUAGUUCUACUGCGAUGGUAUUGAGCAUUAGAAAUGCAGUUGAUUUGAAAUCUGGACUAGGAACACAUGGUUGGUGGUUUGUGGACGCCAUAGAUUCAACAGCUUGGGUUACGAAGGGCUAUAGCAAGGUCAAUACUCUCGAGAGGUAUACCAACGAGAUGUCACUUUCGGGGAAUCAUGAGAUUAUAACUCUUGGGCAAGCGUGUGACGGAACUGGACAUGUCAUAUACGCAGGCUUUUUCUAUUGCAACUUGGCAAACUCAAACAGAGUGGUGAAAAUACAAAUCAGUACCAAAGAAAACGUUGGUGAAGUGGCUUUGACAGACGCUGGUUUCCAUAAUACAUAUCCUUACAGUUGGGGAGGAUACUCGGACAUUGAUCUUGCUUUGGAUACUGGGAAUCAACUUUACGCCAUAUAUGGUUCCAAACAAAAUGGUGGAAACUAUGCAAUUGCACAUUUGGACAUCGAUACAUUGCUCAUUAUUAAAACAUGGCAGCUCAAUGUAAAGAAAAGGGGAAGUGGAAAUUCAUUCAUGGCAAACAGAAUGCUAUAUAUUCUUAACUCGUAUAGCAGUCCCACUUAUUUUACCCACCGCUUUGACACGAGAACGAGUAGACUAACCUCACUUUCCCCCAGUGAGCUCCGAUAUCCAGGUCCUAAAAAGGGCUACAUUAACUCUUUAGAAUUUAUACCUGGAAAAUGUGAGUUACUUGUGUGGGACAAUGGAGUGGUUCAGAAAUUGGCAAUAACCUUUGAUGACAUUGAGGUGACAACUAAACCGACACCAAAGACCACACGCGAUAUACCAACACUGUCUUGUGGUACUUCAAAUACGAUGGUUUUGAGUAUUGGUAAUGCAGUUGAUUUGAAAUCUGGACUGGGAACACAUGGCUGGUGGUUUGUGGACCCCAUAGAUUCAACAGCGUGGGUUAUGAAAGGCUUCACAGCCAACACUCUCGAGAGGUAUGCUAACGAGAUGUCACUUUCGGGGAGUCCUAUAGAGACUAUAACUCUUGAACAAUCGUGUGACGGAACUGGACAUGUCAUAUACGCAGGCUUUUUCUAUUGCAACUUGGCAAACUCAAAUAGAGUGGUGAAAAUACAGAUAAGUACUAAAGAAAACGUUGGUGAAGUGGCUUUGACAGACGCUGGUUUCCGUAAUACAUAUCAUUAUCAAUGGGGCGGAUACACGGACAUUGAUCUUGCUUUGGAUACUGGGAAUCAACUUUACGCUAUAUAUGGUUCAAAACAAAAUGGUGGAAACUAUGCAAUUGCACAUUUGGACAUCGACACAUUGGUCAUUGUUAAAACAUGGCAGCUCAAUGUAAAGAAAAGGGGAAGUGGAAAUUCAUUCAUGGCAAACGGAAUGCUAUAUAUUCUUAACUCGUAUAGCAGUCCCACUUAUUUUACCCACCGCUUUGACACGACAACGAGUAGUCUAACAUCACUUUCUUCCAGUGGACUCCGAUAUCCGGGUCCUAAAAAGGGUUACAUUAAUGCUUUAGAAUUCAUACCUGGAAAAUGUGAGAUACUUGUGUGGGACAAUGGAGUCCUCCAGAAAAUGUCAGUUUCUUUUUAA